AUGCUGUGCGACCACAAGCAGAGAGUGGACGCGAUGCCAGUCGACCUCGUCGCCAAUGGAUGCAUAUUGCUCGCGUACAACACGGCCGUACACAAAUAUAAAGACAUUCAGGUGUACAAUGUGGCUCGAUCUGAUAAAAAUCCUAUCACUUGGGGCGAAGCCGUUGAGUUAGCUCGCACGCACGUGGCGGAAUACCCCUUUACCACUCCGCUGUGGUAUCCUGGAGGAUCUCCCAAGACGAACAAGCUGCACCACUACGUAGCCGUCCUUUUCACGCAUAUGCUGCCUGCCUAUCUCGUUGACUUCUAUUGCGUUCUAGCGAGGAAGAAACCUUUCCUGGUGAACGUCCAAAAGAGAGUGAACUACGGACUGAGAGUGUUGCAGUACUACACCGUGCAGCCGUGGCGUUUCACCAACGAGAAUUACUUAUCAUUAGCGAACACUGUGACAAAGGAGGAAGCCGAUACGUUCUACUCUGACCCUCAGGCGAUGGACUGGAACAAUUAUGUGAGGGAAUACAUCCGAGGAGCUAGGUUGUUCUGCUGCGGAGAGGAUCCUGCCACGUUGCCCGAAGCGAGGAAACUGCAUAAAAGGUUAUUUUACAUGGAUCUGCUUCUGAAGGUUUUCUUGGUCCUCUCAUUAGUGUAUUUCGUUAGCCUUGUACUUUCUAAAUUGUACAAUUAG